GAGAGAGAGAACAAGAACUUUAGCUCUCUCUUCCGAUGUUCACGAACCCUAAUUUUUCCCAUUUCCGUUCGAUCAGUCUUGAUGGAUGCACCCCCUUUACGUCUCUCAAAUCUAUGAUCUGUUUGUCCUGAUUUUUCUUGAAUUCAUUUGAUUAGGUUAAAGUGAGCUUGAAUCAGAUCUGUAAUUUCUUCCGGAAUUUGAGAAAUAUCUACAUAUAUAUACGAAUACACCAAGAUUCAUGUACAGGGAUCGAGGUGGAUCAUCGGCGAAGUCAGAGAUGGUGGGAGGCGGAGGAGGUGGGCCGUUGGAUCGGAAACGAAUCAAUGACGCGUUGGAUAAGCACUUAGAGAAGACAUCGUCACCCUCGACUUCUAGGGUUUUGAAUAGUAAUAUCAAGGAGAAAGAGAGAUUGUCUAUGCCAUCAACUUCUGCAGCUGGUGCAGGUGGCAAAUCUCAUCACAUGGACCAUCAUCGUGACAACCGUUCCUCCUCUACUGUUACCAACCCCAAAAACAAGUGCUCCGAUGAUGAAUCUGAAACAGACAGCGAGGAGUCUGAUGUUAGUGGUUCUGAUGAGGACGAUACAUCUUGGAUUUCAUGGUUUUGCAAUUUGCGAGGAAAUGAAUUUUUCUGUGAAGUUGACGAUGAGUACAUUCAAGACGAUUUUAAUCUCUGUGGGUUAAGCAGUCAAGUUCCUUAUUUCGAUUAUGCACUUGAUCUAAUCUUAGAUGCAGAAUCUUCUCAUGGAGAUAUGUUCACUGAAGAACAAAAUGAACUGGUUGAAUCAGCAGCUGAGAUGUUAUAUGGCCUGAUUCAUGUCCGUUACAUAUUGACCACCCGAGGAAUGUCUGCAAUGUUGGAGAAGUACAAAAAUUAUGACUUUGGAAGGUGCCCAAGAGUUUACUGCUGUGGACAACCCUGCCUUCCUGUUGGCCAGUCAGACAUACCACGAUCGAGUACUGUGAAAAUAUACUGUCCCAAAUGUGAAGAUAUCUACUACCCUCGAUCCAAGUACCAAGGCAAUAUCGAUGGUGCUUAUUUUGGAACCACCUUCCCUCACCUGUUUUUGAUGAGUUACGGCCACCUGAAGCCACAAAAGGCGACACAAAGCUACACCCCGAGAGUAUUCGGCUUCAAGCUCCACAAACCAUGAUGAAUCAGUUUGCAUACCGGUCUCACUCCAUUGAUGACGGUGCACUUGUUGUGUUGCCAAGUGGUUCUUCUAACUAGGGCAUCGUCCAAAAAUUGUGAAAAGAGUUUCGAUUUGAUGUUAUGAUCUAGAUCUUUUUCUAGCUUAUAUAUUAUAUGAAAAAAAAAAAAAAACUUUAGAUGAUUCAAUGAGCAGUUGUGAGAAGUUAUAUGGGAAAAUGUUUCAUCCUUGUAGCUCAUAAAUUUGUUCUAUGUUACUAGUAGAGUUAAAAUGUGUUGUACAAGGUAGUUUUAUCUUAAUUUUCUUCUCUUGGUUUUA